UCAUGGAAAUCCUCGUUCUUACUUGCGAGCAAAGAAGAUUGUUAGCAGUAUUUGCUCUCCAACGUCACUUGGAAGCCACUGAUUAGAUGGACAGGAUCAUCCAAUCUAAAUGUUUAUUUCUCUGCCACGUGUACUGUUUAGAGAUGGCGGGAAAACCCUCUCCUUCGGCCAUAAACUCCGAAAUCUUACUGAUUUCUCUUACCUCUCCUUCUUCUCCAUUUCCCUUUCAGGAAGAAAAAUCACAGACAAAAAACCCUAGGAGAGAGAGAGAGAGAUGUAUUCGAGUCAGUUCGAUGGAGCAUCUGUCUUCUCCGGAGGCGGUUUCAUGCCGUCUCAGGCUACUCAAGCCCCUGAUUCUGCUUUCUCUCCAGCCAGAAAUCGCGGAAAUCAGUGCUUGCUUCCGCUGACAAUGAAGCAGAUUAGCGAUGCUUACCAAAUGACGACAAAUCCAAUUUCUUCAUUGGACAGCGUUGAUGUCAACCACGUUACCUUGCUUGGAUUGGUAAUGAAUAAAGUUGAGAAGGUUACAGAUGUUAAUUUCAGCCUUGAUGAUGGGACAGGACGGAUUGAUGUUCAUAGAUGGGUAAAUGAUGAAGGAGAAUUGAAUGAAAUGGCUGGCAUUAUGAAUGGAAUGUAUGUUCGAGUUCAUGGUCAGUUGAAAGGGUUUCAAGGAAAAAAACAUGCUGUUGCCUUCUCUGUUAGGCCCGUGACUGAUUUCAAUGAAAUUGCUUACCACUUCAUCCAGUGUAUGUAUGUACAUAAAUACAACUUACGCAUACAGGUGCAGGGUGGUGGCCAAGCUCAACCCCAGACAAAUCCAGGAAUGUAUACCCCUUUCCAGAAUCGAUCAUAUGGACAUCAAGUUGCGGUUUCAAAUCGAUAUUCUAGUCAUGUGAGCAUUGCUGAAUCUGGGGGCAACUUUGACCAAAUGGUCUUGGCAAUCUUCCUUGAGCCUAAAAGCCUUGCCAGGGAAAGUGGGAUACAUGUGGAUGAAAUUGUCCAGCAGCUGGGUGUCCCGAGGAACAAGGUCAUGGCAUCAAUCAAUUACCAUGCCAACAAUGGCAACAUCUAUUCAACUAUCGAUGACUGUCAUUUCAAGUCAACAUUCAAUGGCUGAUAUGCUCAUGAAACGUCCUCUCUACAAAACCAGAAACCAUAGUGUAGUUUGGAUGACUUCCUCUUUGACUUGCUUAAAACAGCAUUCGUAUCCUCCAGUGAAGCUUUUCUUUUUGAAGAAUACAAAUCCUCAAAUGCAUUCAUUCCACCAGCUCAGUUAGCUUAAUUCUCUUAUAUUGCUUUUUAAUAACCAUACCUUCUUUUUUGUUCUUUUUUUUUUCUUUUUGAAAUGUAAUAAGAUAACUGCAUAGCUCAACAAUAUCAUUUGAACGGCUGAGAUUGUCGAAUGAACACUAUUAUUACAGAUAGAAGCAUUUCCUCUGAAAGAUCUCAAGUGGAUAAGCUUGGGUAGAAAAUAAGUAUUAUGUAGUCUUAACUGAAA